AGUGGUAUAUUAUCCUCAUUUGCAAAAUUCCAUCAUUAAACUACGCUUGUCUUAUGUUACCACAGCACGAAUUAUACAUUUUAUCAAAACUGGCAAUCCUUUUCUGACAUCGAUUGAAAACGCAAUGGAGGUUUAUGUAUUGAGCAAAGAAUUCGAAAUUCCGGAACUGUUCAAGCAAUGCCGCAACUUUCUCGUAACACUAAUGACAUAUACGAACGUCAGUCAAAUACACGAUUUUGCAUGCGAACAGAGUGACACGAUAUUACAAUACUAUUGCUGGAAAAUGUUCGAUUUCCACUGGGAAACAAUCUUAAAUGGCGAAGACUUUCUUCAUUGCAAAGAUCAAACUAUCGAAAGAUUCGUAUCUCGUCCGAUAUAUCCUGAAAAUUUAACAGAAUUUGUUCUGUUUUCCGCAAUAUACAAUUGGGCGAAAUUAAGAGUUAGAGACAAAGAAGAAUCUAACGAAAAUCUCGAUGACUUUACCAUAGGAGAAACAUGUCGUGCUAUCUUAAACCCGUACCUUUCUCGUAUUAGAUUUUUGGUUAUGGACUAUGAUAAUCUGGAAUACAUUUUUCAGCAACUUCACGUACUUAAACCAAAUGAAUUCAAUGCAAUACGUGAUUAUCCGAUUAAUGAGGAUUUAUCAAAUUUUCCAACAAUUAGUGAGAAGACUGCAAACAGAUUACAAGAAUCGUAUACUGACGAAAAUUUUAAUAACCCACUCUUUAUAUAUAAAAAUCGCAGAAAUUUAGGAUCUACACGUAUCGGACAAUUACUGAUGCGCAAGUUCUUCGCUUGCCACGUAGUAGUGAUGGAAGAUUGCUUUAUUGAAAGUUUACAGUUACCCAUCACGCAUUGCAAUGUAGAAGGAAUUUUGAUGAACAUUCGAGGCAUUGUAGGAAUUAAUUCCACUUUAGUCAAACUAGAAUCUUUUUCGUGCCGUUCUGAUGGACUAAUCAGUCUGAAAGAACCGAUAUUUUUGGAAAAGAAUUCUAACGCUUUUCUGGAAGCUUCUAUUCCGAAUGAGGAAUUGAGAGAAGAAAAUUCAGUUCAGUUAUUGAGCAGUGCGGAGAUUUAUAUUCCCGAUUCCGAGUUUGCCGAACUGUGCAAAAAUGCAUCGGAAAAAGACAUAAAAUCGAGAUCUGUGUUUUAUUUCGAUGUACAUUGAUAUUUUUAGAUAUAAAAACAAUUUAAUUUAUUUAUUUUCAAAAAUUGUAAAAAUAAAGAAGAAUAUUUUCUGUAUAAUUAUAAAUUAAAAUUGACAUAUGUAGUCACAUUCGUUUCUCUUUUUUGCGUCUAACUAUUUCAUAUAUAGAUAAAUAAUUUUAACGUAAUUUUAAGCAUUCGGCCAGAAAGUGCCAAACUGUUUAACGAGCUGCGACUAACCGUUGUGUAUGAUUGAUGGAAAUUGUGUUCAUAGCCUGUUAAACUCUACGGAUAUUUUCCGCUGACUGCGAGUUCCCUCCAUCAAAAUAACGAAUUCAUUCCCGUAUACUCAAUUCCAUCUAAAUGAUUAUUGGCUAAUUGAGCUUCUGUUAUUUUUAAUAACAUGA